UCGUUCCCUUAAUGGCAACUAGCGCUGCUGUAUCGCCAUCUCCCGCCUUUAUUCUUCUCUCAAACCACAAACAUAUUUCUCCCCUCAAAUCAUGCAACGGGCCUUUCAGGGAGUAAAUUCCAAACUCUCCCAUCUUCUCACUCGACCGAGUCUUUUCAUCCCCGGAAAGUCGGUGUCCUCUUCCUACUCUUCUACUUGUUUUAUUUCUCAUUCUAUGAUCCAGAGCUCGCUCGUCCAUCAUCACUCUACCCAUUUUCGUUACUGUUUUAAGUGGAGGGGGCAAAAUAGGAAGUUUUUCGAAAAGCAUUAUUCCAUCCCUUUCCUCGCCGAUUUUUAGUUGUUAGGCCUAUACGAGUGGUUAACUCUGUGUCUCGGCCGAUUUUACUUUUUUACUUCUUGUAGGUCCUGGUGUAUAAAGGUGACUUUCAAGAGGCGGGUUUGCGCGGUUCGCUCAAUUGUCUUUUUCACCGCUUUUGUUUUUUUUCUUUUUUCGCCGUAUUUACGUCUUUCCUGCGUUCUUUCCUCGCUCUCCGUUCUUCGGCGCGUGCUCACCUCGUCUACCGUCUUGUUGUGGUUACCUGGUUGCUAGAAGUUGAAUCUUGGGUCUAGAUUCACCAGAAAAAUCUCUCCUUGCGAACGUGGAAUAGUGGAGAUGGCGAACGGUUCAGUUACAGAUGGAAUCUUUCUGUUUGCAGACGGGGAGUUGAGUCAGAUAAGCGGGCUGAAGCGAGGUUUGGACUUUGUCGAGGUGAUGUGCGGGUGCACAAGCCAUCGCUAUGGAGAUGCGGUAGGUAGACUUAGGGUUUUCGCCUCUGGGGAUCUCCAGAUCGACUGCGAGUGCACUCCUGGAUGCCAAGAAGUGAAGUUGUCCCCCGCUGCUUUUGAGAAGCAUUCCGGGAGAGAGAGUGCAAGGAAAUGGAAGAGCAAUGUAUGGGUCAUCGUUGAGGGAGAGAAGGUUUCACUUACAAAGACACCCCUGCUUAAAUACUACAAUCAAACAUUAAAAGCUACAAAUGGUUCUCAAAAAGGCCCCAAUGGUCGUCCAUGUCACCGUGAUGAGUUUAUCCGCUGUAACAAAUGCAAAAAGGAGCGCAGAUUUCGCCUUCGUAAUAAAGAAGAGUGUCGAGUUUACCAUGACACUUUAGUGGAUCAAAACUGGAGUUGUUCGGACCUCCCAACUGACAAGUAA